GUCUCACGCAAGAUGCUCGAGGGACUCGUUGCCUGGGUGUUAAACAACUACCUGGGCAAGUACGUCGAGAACCUCAACACAGAUCAGCUCAGCAUUGCUCUGCUGUCAGGUGCAGUGGAACUCGAGAAUUUACCUCUAAAACGUGAGGCUUUGAGACACAUUGGUUUGCCAGUUGAAAUAAAAGCUGGUUUUAUUGGCAAAGUCAGAUUACAAGUACCUGUUACUCAAUUCAGGACAGCGUCAUGGCUUAUAGCAAUAGAGCAACUCUAUUUAGUUGUAGGACCUAUAAAUUUAGACGAGUACGACAGCGAAGCGGAGGAACACGCGAUCGUUGAUUACAAAUUGAGUCGUUUGGAAGCUCUGGAAGCAAGGUGGCGAGCCGAAUCAGAACAAGGUCCUGGUUACUACGCUGCUAGUUAUAGUACCUGGGUAACUUACGGUACCUCUCUAGUCACGAAUAUUAUAGAAAAUUUGCAGCCUACCAUUAAAGAUGUACAUUUGCGCUACGAGGACGCGGUGUCCCUUCCUGAUGGAAGUGGACUGGUAUUGGGUGUGACGAUAGGAGCUUUAACUGCCCGGAGCUGUGAUGCGAGUUGGGUGCCCGGUUCAACGUCGUGGAACUUGGCGGAUGCAUCUUUUAAAUUAAUGGAACUGGAUGGCCUCUCUAUUUACUGGGAUCAAGUAAAAAAAGAACACAUGUUUCAUGACCUUAAUCUUGGAGAUUUAGCUAUUGCCAUGAAUGAAUCGAAAAAGCAAAAGAGAUCUUAUAUUCUUUCACUAGUCAGUGCCAAAGCCCAUAUAAAAAGGGAUAGAACGGAGAGGCCUCUGCGCUCAGCUAACAAACCAAGAAUAAUAUUGGACCUUUCUUUGGAUCACGUACCAUUGUCUGUAACAAAUGUGCAGUAUGAACAGAUCGUUAUGUCUAUAAAAAAUUUGGAUGUCAUCGAUCGGCAACGACGACAGAGGAGGUGUCGGCCGCUUGUACCGAUCAAUGAAGCCCCAAAAGAAUGGUGGCGAUACGCUGCGCGUUGUUACAUUGGAAGGAAAGCAUUGGCACCAAAGAAAACGUGGGAAGAUAUUCUACUGCUCGGGAGAAAUAACGUCGUAUACGUCGAAGCUUGUGCAAAAUUGAUAGCGAAUCCCACAACUAGUUUACCUCCAGAAAUUAAAAAAAUUAAAGAUCAGAUGGAAAUAGAUCUGAGUUUUGAUGAAUCAAAAGUUUUGCGGGAGCUAGCAAUGGCAAAGGUGAGGCCACCAAAGCCAGUAGCGACCGUAACAAGCGAUACGACGCCACCACAAGCUCAGGGUAUGUUGUUCCAGUGGUUUCCCCAAUGGUGGGGCUGGCAGUCUACUAAAUCGUCGACAAACAAUAAUGGAAAUUCGCCGACUGAGACAAAUUCAUCGACUUUUGACGGCGAGUUGCUUGAUGUUUUGGCCGACACCAUCGACGAUGACACACUCAUUCGACGCGAUACUGUUUUUGGUCUUUUUAAUUUUGCGUUGUCCAAGGGUGCGAUUUCUCUGUGUACAGUUUCUAAGGCAGAAGAGGGUAAAGCAGCGGAAACCAAGACUGUGAUGGAAUUACAAUUCGAGCGCGUUCACUUGAGCUACGAGUCGCGACCGCGUUCAGGCUCGCACAAGUUUUCAAUCAGCCUGGGUGCUCUCUACUUGCACGAUCACUUCACGGAAAACUCAACCUUUCCAAUACUCAUCCAGCCGCAAACUCUCGGUUCUACAGGCUCUUCGUCGCGACUGCGCAGCUCUUCCGAAAAGCUCAGCACCCAGUUGCCGCAAUCGCUGUUCGAGCUCGUUUACGAGAAAAAGCCGCUACACUUGAACGUCGAUCAUUCGCUUCACGUCAGUUCAAGGUCCCUGGACGUUGUGUACAAUCCCUUGGCCAUGCGUUGGCUGGUCGACUUUGUGUGUGAGCCUCACAGAUCCGACGAUCCCAACAACCAGAGAUUGCAAGCGAUGAAACGUCGCACGCGCCGGCAGCUCAUGAAAAAUUGGGAACAGAUUCUGGAGGGUGACUCCGUGGAUCGCUCCUCGUGGGAUCUGCAAUUCAACAUAUCAGCGCCGCAAAUUCUACUGGUGGAAAAGUUUAACGACGCAAAUGCAGCUGUUGUGGUCGUCGAUUUUGGUCGGCUCCACCUGACCAAUAACAUCGACACAAGCGCCAUGAUGAUAAACCCGAGAGAUCUCAUGUCACCUACCAGCGAGAUCGAAAAAAUGGAUGAGGACGGGGACGACGAUGACGAAAACGAGAGAUUCGAGACACCCUGCUCGACUCCACCGGGCAGUCAAGAAAACGGCUCUGUACCGGAUCUGCAGCAAAGUCUCUCCGAGGCUGCUCUGCACAAAAAACUCUACGAUCGGUAUACGAUUGACUUAUCGGAUCUACAAGUGCUCGUCGGCAAGGUCAAGGACAACUGGAAGCACGCGAGGACGCGGGGCAUGUCCAGCCUCCACGUGUUGGAGAGGUUCAACAUAUCUCUUCAAAUCGAGAGACGAGUAGUCACGACGACGGAUCCGCACUUUCCUUCUGUCGUAAUUGCUGGAAACUUGCCCAGACUUGUGGUUCAUGUCAACGAACCAAAAGUCGAGUCAAUCAGAUCGAUGUACCAUCUAUUGCGGAGUUUGUCGAGCAGUUCACCAGUUUCCGCAAAGACUAACGGCAUAUACUCACCAGAAGAACCCGAAAGUCCAAAGAAGGAAGAAAACGUGGAUAGAACGAUGAAUCACGCGAUGAUGAUACAGUUCAUCAUCGAUCAAAUGACGUUCGAGCUCCAAUCUAGGGGCAGAAGUGUAGCUGAACUUCAGGUUUCAGGAGUACGAGCAGCUCUGAGCAAGCGGCCGGCAGAUGUAAGUGCCUCGUUAUCCGUUCAUGGCCUUCUGUUGGUCGAUGCUCUUCAAGAAUUCGGACCAGACUUCGAAUUGCUCGUCGCUAGUCACAAGCACGUUGGAAUGGAUAGUAUUUCCGGCAGCCUCCGCGACUCUGAGCCAACGUCACCGGUAUCUCCAGUUUCCCCGGACUCACCGGACCCCAACGUUCCUCGGCGCCUUACCUCUCCAGUAGCUCUAACUCAUGCCUUAUCCACCCUCGCACAUCACGACGUCAAAAGUCCGAUCGCACCCUCGGCCGUCGCUAUUGAACAACUCGAUUCCGAAGCACUUAUCGUUGUCGAGGUGAUGGUAGUCGACGAGCCGCUUGAAAGCCUCAGGAUUGCGAAUAUACAGUUCAACACGCUUGACAUCAUCGCAAACCAGGAAACGAUAGUUGAACUCGUAGGAUUCGCGAGGAGGCUGUUCCCACCAAAGAAAUACAAGUCCAGGAGAAUGGGAAGAUACGAAUCGCUCACAAGUUUAACGUCGGAAGGCAAGCCGACGAGGACAGAAAUUACUUUCGAUUUUCACAGAUUAAACGUUCUGCUGCUUCGAGCUGUAAUGCAGGAUAGCCAUUUGGUGGGCCAAAAAAUUGCCACCGCUACAAUGUCUGACGCAAGAAUCCAGGCGACGCUUGCCGCCAACAAUUCCAUCUCCGGCUCUCUAGGUGGUCUACAGAUUCUCGAUCAAACGCUCAUCGGCAAAACGCAUCAGCGCAUAAUCAGCGUUGGCCGAGAUCCUUUGGUCGAAAUAUCAGGAACCAGCGCAUACCAGCAACACCAUCAUUACCACCACCAUCAUCAUAAUCACCACGUUCUCGAACACAUGGCUAGUAAAAACGAGCAGCCAGAGGCAUUCCGUUUCCUCGUCACUCGCAAUUGCCGACAGAACACAGAUGACGUCGGUCUCGAAACUCUUGUCGACAUUAGCGUGCGCAUUGGUAGCGUCUGGUACACGCACGCUCCUCACUUAAUAUCCGAGUUGCGCUCGUGCGCCGACGAGUUCAAACAAUACAUGAGCAACUUGGCGAGGCAAAUCGGUGCCGCAGCCACGGACAUGGCUAUCGGUCUGGUCAACGCCGAAGACUGGGCGAUACCUCAGCGCAAAAGGUUGCCAAGCUUUUCAAUGGACGGCGCAGAGUCCUCGGGUAGUUUGUUGUUGAAGUUUGACCUGGUGCUGGACAGUCCGGUGCUUGUGGUACCAAGAUCCUCGCAGAGCACGCAGGUCUUUGUCGCACAUCUCGGAAAGAUGUCUUUGCAGCACGAGCCCCCGUCGUCCGGUUCGACCAAACAAAAGAUCAACCUCGAGGUCAGAGAUAUGAAUUUGCAUUCGUUGGAUGUAUCGGGAAAAAUCAAUCAGACGAGCCAAGGAAAUUUGCCUCUCAGAGCCGAGGACAUGUAUUCUUGCAAAGAAAACGGCAAGCCCAUGCUUCAUGACACCAUGCUAAGCGUAACCGUAGAGCGAGACCUAGGCAGUCGUUGUCAGAGUCCAGGCUUUCCCCUAGAAAUAGAAAAUGCACGGGGUACGAUAGAGGUCCGUGGCAGAGUAGUCACUCCUUUGAAGGUGUCACUCGCUCGCGGCCAGUACGAGCAGCUCUUGGAUACAAUUCACCGGCUAUUGUCGGUACCAACCUCCGCAUCCGAAUCCGUAGUACCCAAGCAGCAAGCGCCUACCAAAAGCGACAGCUACAGUACUCCCAGCCACAGCUCGGCCGACAGAGCGUCGUACUCUGAGAAAUUCGAUCUCCCCAUCAAAGUGUUCUUCGAGUUGCCUGCUCUUAGUAUCGAACUAAAGCAAGAAGGCCGACUCGAGCAGCCACUCGUCGAGCUUUCCAUGCGCGAUUUGUGCGCCAAGUACGAAAAACUUCAACGAAACGAGUCCACGACUCAAGUUGCACUACGCUCCCUACUCAUGGAGGAUCUCUUGUGUCCCGUGGGAUCGCGCCAUCGUUACAUGAUGCAGUCCUCGGCGCCCACUAGAGCCAGACUAUUGGCAGUGGUGUCUCGAUCCUGUCCGGAUCUCAUGUACAAUAGGAUGCUCCUAAGUUCUUCUGUACGGGGCAGUCUACCCGACAGACUGGAAACCGACACGCUCUACGGUGCUGUUCCUCCGCACUGGCGCAGAAAGCCCGAGUUCUCUUUGACCGAGACGCCAAACACACCGCCUCCUUCGCCGGGCGCCGUUAGCGCCGAAGAGAACCUCGUGCUCAUCAGUAUCACGAUGCGCGAGCCGGAGCGCGAUAGCGUGGAGCAAGUGCGCCACAAGACUGUCGGUGUCGACUUCAAUUGUCUCGAUCUAAUCGUGAGCGUCGAGUCCUGGAUGGUCGUGCUUGACUUUUUCGGCAUCGGCUCGCCCGGGCCCGAGGAAUACGUCCCCACCGACGACGCUUUCCCCAUGACGGCUGGCGUUGACGAGCUCGACUUUGCCACGGCCAACGAACUGCCGGUGCACUCGGAAACCGAGAUCGAGAUCAAUUCUCUCACGCUUGUGCUCUUGCAACCUGAACGCGAGAUCGCACGGGCCAACAUUUCCAACGCCAGCAUGCACAUAGUUAAGACUGACGGUAUAAACAAGGUAUCCGGCUCAUUGGGGUCGAUGUCGCUGCUGGACCUCACGCCGCACGGCAGAUUCUAUCGCGAACGAUUCCUCUCGUCGGGCAGAAAGGCUCUGAAUUUCCAGUACACCAGCUAUCCGGAUUCCGAAAAGCGGCCCCACGAUGCCCAGCUGAAGCUACAAAUGUCAGCAGUGCAUUACGUGCACACGCAACGAUUCGUCGCCGAGCUUCAAGCCUUCUUUGCCCACUUCACGCAACUACGGGUAGUAAUGGCGAACCUACGUGCCGGUGGUAGCGCAGUCAUAAAUGUCAACAAGCGUAGCAUGAGACUCUCGCUGGAGCUGCACGCGGGAGCGCCUGUGAUUUUGCUACCUGUGAGCUCGAGGUCCGAAGAUAUCGUGCUCUUGGAUCUCGGUGAGCUGUCGGCUCACAACACUUUUGUAUUUUCUACCGCCAAAUCCAAUUGCAUGCUCGACGUCAUGAACGUCGAGCUCGUCAACAUGGAUGUGUAUCCAGCCAAGCGGACGAGCGCCAGCGACAAUGUCAACGGCGACGAAAACGACAAUAACGACAAGGAUAGCUUGACGGUGGGUGGUUUCGUCGUGAAGAAGACCGGGCCAUCGUUGCUGACGGAAAAGUGUCACCUGAAGCUUAGGGUCGAGCGUAAUCUCGACACCUACUUGAGCCGGGAAAUUCCGGAUCUGAGCGUUCACGGUACCUUGUCGACUAUGGACUGCACGCUCGAUCCUACCCAGUACAUGCUCAUCCGGGGCCUCCUUGCGUACAAUAUCGGCGAGAAUCUGGACGAUCUUCGCGCUUUCAUGCAAGACACGACCGUUUACUCGAUGCCCAAAUCGGAAUUCGACGGUAAAGCCUGGACCACGACCUUCAUCACGCUCGAGCUGGUAAAUGUAACGCUGAAGCUUAACCCGCACCACGGUAUAGCAGCCCUGGCUUGUGUCAACUUCAUCAAGUCGCGAUUGAUCCUAGAAUCCCUGAGUGACGGCUCGCAGGACAUCGAUCUCGUGUCACAGGAGAUCCUCGUGACGGAUACGAGAUUCCAGGACGAGCCGGUCAAUCGACGCUCCAACGUGUUUACGAGCAUACUCCAGCCGCUGAGAACGAGUUCGGUGAGCCAGGACCGAGUACAAGCCGAGGUGCAUCAUCGCAAGCGAAAAAAUUGCGCUGCCACCACGAUACUGCUGCACAGCAUGCGGCUCACCGCGAUUCUCGACUGGUGGGAAGCUGUGCGCGAUUUUUUGGUGCUCAACGCGCCCGAGCCCGAGCCAGUGUUAACUACCGUGACUGUGCUCCCUACUCACGAUAACGGUGCCAAUGACGCGUAUCUGCCCUUCGAAUUCAAGUGCAACAUCACCGAUUCGGAGCUGGUGAUCGUUGAGGACACGUCCAUGUGGGACACCAACGCUGUGAUACUGAAGUGCACGGCCGUGCUUGCUUACAAAUCCAAUCCCCAGGACGGCGAGAAACCUAUGAGCUGCAAUCUGUCGCACUGCGAGUUGUUCUCUUGCAUCUUGGGAUUGGAGGAGGAAACGGCUCUGUCCAUCAUCGAUCCUGUGGGUGCAAGUCUUGAAUUGACCAAAGAUAAAUGCUUGGAGGUACAUCUGCAACCACUGAGCGUGAGGCUGAGUUACCACGACGUUAGCAUGUUCUCGCGUAUGCUGAAUUCACUGCCGAAGCAAACUUUGUUGGCCAAACAGAAGCUGGACGCUCGACCACCAGCGAAUGCCAAAAGUCACGUGUUGAAGCUGUCAGCUUUGGGCUUUGCUGAAAUCGACUGUCAGACCGCAUUGGAAAAAUGCAAUGGACACCUGGACGAUGCCGCACUCUGGCUCACUCAAAAUGCCGUGCCCAACACAGAGAAGGCAAUCACGAAUGAUGAGUUUCCCUUGAAAGUGAUACUUUUGGAAACGGCCUGCCUGAAGAUCUGCAUAAUCGACGAUUGUAGGGACGCGGACGUGCCUUUGAUGGAAUUGACACUGAUCGACCUGAUGCUCAAGCAAGAUUAUUGCGGUCCCGGAGAAGUGGCGGCUUCCUUGACCGUCGACUAUUACAAUCGCGUGCUGAGCGGCUGGGAGCCUUUCGUCGAACAAUGGCGGGCUUCCAUGCAGUGGGAACAAACGCUUUCGAGUUCCUUGAGCCCCAAGCGACUGAGAAUACGGGUCGACUCGCAGGACUCGGUCAACGUGAACGUGACGUCGACUCUCGUCGAGCUUGUCAGCCUCGUCAAAGAGAAUUGGACCCAAGAUUACUUGACCAGUGAUUCGAAUGCGGGUAGUAGUAAAAACUACAGGCGACGAUCGCCAUUCGUUCCAUUUGCCCUGAAAAACGAAACCGGAUCGAAGAUUUGGUUCAAGACGUUGAUCGCCACAGCUGAGGAUGAUAAGAUCAUAGACCAGGAGUCUUUGAGGAAAAAUGCGUUGAAACGAGAUGAGACCUGGAUGGAAGUUCCGGCGGGUGACACGGUCCCAUUUACGUUCGAGCAAAGAGGAAAACUGAGGCAUCAAACGACUCACAUAGCUCGGAGACAUCAGGUUGCGGUGAUCGUCGAAGGCUGGAAGGCCGUGGAUCCUGUAACCGUGGACAGAGUUGGAGUUUACUUUCGACAUGCGCUUAUCGAUUUUAAGGGUUCUGAGGUUAUAUCGACGAAAGCUCGGAUGGUAUUUAGCGUUGAAUUGGAAGGAUCUGCAAGAAAAUUGGUCACCGUAAGAUCAGCUUUACUCGUUGUGAACAAACUAAGUUACGGUGUCGACCUGAAGUUAGAAAAAUCGUUCAGUUACUAUGGCUAUUCCCCUACGUACUCGUCCAUGUUGGGCAGCAGAAUUUUGCAAGUCCCAGCACAGUCUAGAAUCUCGAUUCCUCUUACUCAUACCGAUGUACAAAUGUUCAUUAGGCCCGUACUUCCAAACGGUCCGUACCAGUACUGCAUGGAACCUAUCGACUGGUCGGCAGUUAAAAAACCUUCCGAAGUCAUAGAAAUACAAACAACUUGUCGUACAAAUCAACAAAAUCUGUUGAGAAUGUCCGUAGCGAUAAGAAGGGACAAUUACCCGAUCGACACCUCACAAACUUUACCCGGACACGUUAUUUCGAUUCUCGCUCCAAUAGCAGUGACAAACCUCUUGCCGCACGAAAUACUGUUUACUGCUGGUGCAGAAAACGGAAGGAUCGCUCCUGGCAAAUCUUCGGACCUCCAUAGUCCAAAUUUGAAUGAUCAGAUGGAAAUAACAAUACGGUUGGAUGGAUAUCCAGGGGCUGGAACUCUGAUUCUUCCGCAAAAUUGUGGUUCAUUCACCGGUAGAAUGCGACUCACUGACGUGACGAAUCGUAUUCUGUUUAUUCACGCAACCGUCAUAGUAGAAAAAGGCUCGGCCAUGCGAAUAAACAUAACGGCACCCUAUUGGAUUAUCAACAAAACUGGACUGCCGCUAGUCUUCAAACAAGAAGGAUCCAACACGGAGUUUGCCGGACAGUACGAGGAACAUGAAAAAGCUCGCAUGGUCGCGCCGUUGCUGUUCUCUUUUAACGACGAAGAGAUCGACGGUACGCUUGCAGUGCGCGUCGGAACGGGUGUGCAUUCCAACGGGAUACCCCAGUGGUGUCAGCAUUUUCAUUUGCAACCUGGAGUACAGGUUCACCGAUUACGAGUAGCAAUGCGCGACGGUAGACCAGACAUCGUUUACUUGAUAGGCAUAGCUACAAGACCUGCCAGAGGAAGAUACCGUGCGACCACCGUAGUGACACUAUCUCCGAGAUAUCAAUUGCACAACAAGUCCUCAUGCACACUCGAACUCGCACAAAAGUCUUUCACUACCACUGUUAGUCACCUCGAUGCUCAAGCAACUUAUAUAAAAGCAACGCCCGACUGCCACAUGUCUUUCCACUGGCCACGGCUCGACAAGGAUCAACUGUUGUGCGUGCGGAUUAUUGACAUUCCCAAUUGCAUGUGGUCCGGUGGCAUUGUGUUGAAUGAAAAUCGCUCGCUCACGGUCAAUAUUAGAGAUGUGUCGGGAUCGAUGUAUUUUUUGCGAGUUGACGUGGUUUUGCAAGAAAGUACGUGCUUCAUCGUGUUCACAGAUGCCGACACAAUGCCACCGCCCAUCAGAGUUGACAAUUUCUCCGAGGUUCCAUUGACAAUCAAUCAGGUAAUGUUUCCAACUUUCUCACAAUGGACAGUUCGCCCGCAUUGCUCGGUACCUUACGCUCUUGACGAAUCAACCUAUCCCGCCGGUCUUGUCGUGACAGCUCCCGGAGGAGUGACAGCUUCGUACGACUUGAAUAUUCUUGGCGAAUGCAGAGGAUUGACGUACGAAAAUUUUAUUUACAUAGCCUUUACGGGGACGUUUAAACAAGAUGGCGAUCUUGGAAAUGGAGAAAAUAAUUUGGACCCGUUGGACGUUGAGACGCAAAGAUUAGUGCUAGAAGCCGGACCUGGUGGCUGGGUAGCACUGAGGAGGAAACAGUACGGUGAAAGAUCACAGCUUUGGAGAAUGACGGGAGAUGGGCAGCUUCAACAUGAAGGUUCUAGUCCACCGCGAGAUAAACACAGUCGGACUCCAGAUACUGUCCUAGUGCUCGACAUCGCAGGAACGGCACCACAGCCCUUCACAUAUUGUCCUCUAGCGUUAAGGAGACCAGAUCCUAGGCGUAGAUCAACGCAAACCUGGCGAUUCACAGAAGAUGGUCGACUUUGCUGUGUACACGCAAAUAUGUGUGUGCAAUCCAAAGAUGGUUUCAUGGGACUGCAAGAAGGCGGCAGAGUCGCCCGUUGGCAAAUGUGGAGCGAAGCCGUCUUAGGACCACAGACUCACUGCAGUCCACCUCCGAUAGAACAGCGGGUCGGUAGACAGCGACUUCGACCGGGUUCUGGUUACUUAUCCGUACGAGUGACAACCGAUGGACCGACCCGCGUCUUGCAAGUCCUGGACAUCAAAGAAAAGAAAAAGACAUUCGCCUUGCUGGAGGAGCGCGAUUGGUCCAACAUCUCGGUAGCGCAGCGACCCACGCAAGUUCAAGCCGAAGUUCAGAAGGUGAAUGCACGCGAGUUGCACUUGAGCGUCGAUCUUCCGGCCGGCCUGGGUUUGUCCAUCAUAUCUCGCCGGCCGGCCGAAGAGCUUAUAUUCUCGCGUUUCGCUGGAAUAACGCUCGACUUUGUCGAAAUACCGACGAGUAAGACCCUCGAGCUGCAGAUACACGACGUACAGAUCGACAAUCAACUAUUUGAGGCACAGUGCACUUCCCUGCUUCACAUAUCGAGGAAUUCCCGAGGUGAGAGCGACUCCAGACCGGCGAUUCACAUAACCAUGGAAAAACUAUCAUCGAAAAAUCAAAACGCCGAAAUCUUCAAGCACCUCAUGGUGAGCAUCAAGUCGGUCUGCGUGCACUUGGAGGAGCGGUUGAUACUGAAACUGGCAGCCUUCGUCGGUGCGGGUGGUCUGGAGCAAGAACCACCUGUUGACGAGAACGACUUUCAGGCGCAACGUUUCAUAUCCGACGUGUCGGCGGCUCAUACCAAACGGUACUACUUCGCCGUGCUCAAACUCGUGCCGAGUCAAGUCGAACUGAGUGUACUGACGACGACAAAGUUGCCCCCGCACCUGCAAGCUAUCAAGCGCAAGCUUGGCCUGACUCUCAUUAAAUUCGAAGACGCGUCGAUCGAGCUUGAGCCAUUUAUCAGGAAGCAUCCGUUCGAGAGCAGUCAUUUUCUCAUACACUCCAUCAUUAAGCACUACAAGGAAGAGUUAAAAUGGCAAGCCGCUGUUAUACUGGGUUCCGUUGACUUUUUGGGAAGUCCUUUGGGUUUGAUGAAUGACGUGUCCGAGGGCGUAUCGAGCCUCAUAAACGAGGGUAGCGUCAAGACCCUCGUGAAAAACGUCACGUAUGGCUUCUCGAGUUCUGCUGCCAAGCUUACGGAAACUCUGUCCGAUGGAGUCGGACGGGUUAUUAUGGACGAAAGGCACGAGGAGACUCGACAAAAAAUUCGAUCCAACACGGAUGGAAGCCGGGGUCAUUUAGUGGCUGGUGUCAAGGGACUUGGUUUUGGGAUACUUGGUGGCAUGACAAGUAUUUUCAAGCAAACCUAUGACGGUGCAGCAAACGAAGGCUUCCCGGGUUUCUUUGCCGGCCUUGGGAAAGGUGUCGUGGGGACGAUUACAAAACCAGCAGUUGGAGUUUUAGACUUGUUCACGGAAAGCGCGACUGCCAUACGAGAGAGUAGCAGAAGUGCACACAGACAGAUACCAAAACGAGACAGACAUCCACGAGUAGCAAGCGGCCCGGCUGGUUUGCUACCACCUUUUAAUCCGCAACAAACCGAGGGUCAGGAGUUACUGUAUUGUAUCAACAAUCGCGAUUAUUCAGAACUGUUUGUGGCAUACGAAUGUUUGCGCAGUGGAAUGGAUAAUCUGAAAGUUUUGGUGACGAAUGAACGAGUAAUAGUUAUAUCUGGUGGUAGUAAAGGAAUCGUUACGGAGGUCAGUUUGUCUGAUUUACUGUAUUGUCAGCCGACUCAUCGGAUCGAGAGUAACGGAAAUACGCUGCAUUACAUUGAAUUGACCUCAAGGGCAGAUUCUGCUGGGGCUGUAGCUUUUGAAGGCACAGAGAUUUUGAGAAGGCCCAAAGUGCGCUGUGACAGCGAAGAUAUAGCUAAAUGGGUUUCGAGACAAAUAAAUUAUGCAAAAGGGAUGCACGAGGAGCGCCGCUUGACAUUAAUGUCCUCUGACAACAUGUUAGAUGACAUCCAGAUUUAUAAAUAAGCAAGAGGAGUAUUUAUAUUUUUCAAAUGAAAGAAUCUUGUUAACAAUAUUGUUGAGCAAUAAUUUUUUGAUCUAUGAAAGCGUUACGAAACAAGAUUUUUUUUUUGUUAUUUGUUUGUUACCUUAGUUUGAUAACGGAAUUAUUACAAGACUGAUGUUCUAAAGAAGCACAGAAAUAUUUAAAAGUUUAAUUUUUUGUGCCAUUUUGUUAUAACUCACUUUAAUUAAAGUGGAUUUUUUAUAGACAUGAACGUAGAUAAGUUUACAGUGUACAGUUGUACAGAAGGGAUUAGCGAUUUCCUAAGAAAUUAAAAAAAAAAGUUAACUAGUAAAAAAAAUUCCUGCCACACCAAUAAGAGCACUUAUUCACUGUACAAUCAUUAAUAUUGUAAAUAGUAACAAAAAAUGUAAAGUUUUAUAUUUUUAAGAGAGAAUGGAGAAAAAAAUUAAUGGAA